AUGCAGCUCCUGGUGAAAGUGCCGUCUCUCCCGGAGCGGAGCGAGCUGGACUGCAACAUCUGCUACCGGCCCUUCAACCUCGGGGGCCGCGCGCCCCGCCGCCUGCCCGGGACGGCGCGCGCCCGCUGCGGCCACACGCUCUGCACGGCCUGCCUGCGCGAGCUGGCGGCGCGCGGCGACGGCGGCGGGGCGGCCGCGCGCGUGGUGCGCCUGCGCCGCGUCGUCACGUGCCCCUUCUGCCGCGCGCUCACCCCGCUCCCGCGCGGCGGCGUGACAGAAGUCGCCGUCGACCCGGAUUUGUGGUCGCAGUUGGAGAAAAAAGCACUGGCCGACUGCGAUCCGGAUGAGGCGGGCGGCCGGGUCCGGGAGAGCGGCCGCGUCGAAGACGGGGAGGAGGCGAGCGAGAAGGGGGCGGGGCCCCGGAGCGCGGGCUGGCGCGCGUUCCGGCGGCUCUGGGACCGGGUGCUGGCGCCCGCGCGCCGCUGGCGGCGCCCGCUGCCUAGCAACGUGCUGUACUGUCCGGAGAUCAAGGACUUUGCCCACAUGACUCGCUGCACGCUGUGACGGAGGCACCCAGAAGCUACGGCAGAAGGAAGGUGGGAGCUGCAUUCUCGGGGCGUGCAUUAGUACAGGGGGGCUGAUGCCAAGGCUACCCCCUCACAAUCCGGAUUGGCACUGAUGAGGCAGUUAAGCCUAGGGCAGGAGGGAACGCCCUGGGAGGUUGUUGAUACUGAGCUGGGGAAGCUCCUAGACAUUCUCGCCCCCAUCUACUGACUGUGCCAGUCUUACAUAUUCAGGAUGGAGUGGCCCAGGGAUGACAGAAACAAAGUCGACGUUUCCGUGGGAAGAAGACAGACUGUUUCCUUAGCUGUGACUUUGGCUUUUGUCCAGAGCAGCUCUGGUGUGUGGGAACAACGGGUCCCAUUUUAGCAAUUCUGUCAAUGGCUUGAAAAUUUUUUAAAAGAUGGAAUGGAGAAGAGGCUGAUUUUUGUGUAUGCUAAUCUCAUUUCUCUAGCAUGCAAGAGCACUGAGAAAAAUAAACCCUCUCCUCUCCCCCCUCGUUGCUGGUAUGCCCACCGUCUCCCCCACAUCCAGUCCUGUGCUCCUAAAAUUGUUCAGAUGCUUAUGAGGCUAGGAGCCUUGCUUCAUUUUGGAAUUUCCCCUCAAUCUGUUACGGCAUGUAUCAGAAAGUUCAAAGGGCAUUUAUCUGAGGCCCUAUCAAGGAUAGACAGGAGAGCCAUUUGGUAAAAGCAUCAAUUUUUAGGCCUUUGAUAUCUGUGUUAUCUGUAGUCACUGAGUAACCGUCACUAUUGAAAAAAAGAGUUUCGCAUUGUAAAAUUUUACACUUGUGUCCCUUAAUUGGACAUCAACUACUGCAUGCCAUGGAUUCUAUUUCGAAAUCCUAUACAUAUCUUAAAAUAGUACAAUUACAGUUAAGGACUAGCAAAAAUGUUAGGAUUCCACUUCAGACUCACUGAAUCAGAAUGUGCAUUUUAACAAGAAUCCCAGGUGACGUGUGCAUUGGUCCAGGUGUGACUUAGGCUAUUACGAUCUCUGAAUGGACUAUUUCAGACACAGUUGGUAUAAAUGAGAGUUGUAGUGAAGGUUCUGAGGUGUCAUUAUGUUGCUAAAGAAAUCUAAAAUUUUUGUGAGCAAGCUUAUUGUUUCAUUUUCCUCUGUAUUAAAAAAUGUGAACUUAGAAAGUAUAAGCUCAGUUUCUGCAACCGUAUUUUGGCAUUUUCCUGUUCUUGAGUCUCAUCUCAGCUUAAUGUUGCCUCUUUUAUACCUUUCUUAGCAUUCUACCUCCAAUAGCCCCUCCCUUCACCAGUACUCUUGCAAUUUCACUGUUUUUUUCUGGUAUGUGUUUCAUUGGUGUCCCUCAAAAGAAUGUACGCUCAUAAGAGCGGUGUCUGACAUGUCUGUUUUAUCUUCCAGGGCCAAUGGCAGUGUUAAUGUAUAGUAUUUAUUCAAUAAAUGUUUGUUGUAUUUAUCUUUUAUUUUUUAAUAUGAUAGCCUCAAAAGCUGUUUUAUUUCUCUCAACCUUUGAGAAGCUCUGGUAGUGAACAAUACAUGUCAAGGAAGUGUCUGGCAAUUCAGAUUUCUGACAGGCUAUGCAGGUGUUGUCACCCCUCCCUCCGCCCAACUCCUUAAUAAAAGGGUGUCUCUGUAUACUUGGAAAUGAACCUUUGGAGCUGUAGUGACCUCUACUGACUCUUAGGGGAACUAAGCAACUUCAAAGUGGAAAGUUCAAAAGGAUGAACGGAAGGUACUUGUGAAUCCUAGCACACUCUUCCCAUUAAGCUCUGUCCAGUAAGCCCUGCUCUCUCUCUGAUCUCAGCCUGAGGCCCAGCUAGGUAUCCUACUGCUCACCCUCCAUCUCUACUGAGUUCAUCACAUCAGCAU